AUGGGCUGUCUGAAACUACGCCGUCACGUCGUGAUCAGCCUAUUGUUGGCAAUAGUCGUCGCUGCUGACUGUGCAACGGGGGGUGCCCUGACAAUCUUCAAUGUCCUGAGGUACGGAGCUGCUGGCAAUGGAAGAUCUGACGAUUCACCGGCAUUCUUGAGAGCCUGGGAAGCAGCCUGUAAGGGCAACCCCACGAAGAAUAUACCUGUUGUGUAUGUGCCCCCGAACAGGACUUUCUUACUCACCCCAUUGGCCUUCCUCGGCCCUUGCAAGUCGCAGCGCAUUUACGUGCUGAUGUCGGGGAAGCUUAUUGCACCUGUGAAAAGAGAAUGGAAGGGGAGUCCAGAUGCCUGGAUCCAAUUUUUCGGCAUCAAUGGUUUGGUGAUGAAGGGUAAGGGAGUGAUCGACGGCCAGGGUUCCACCUGGUGGCCUGACAACACUUGUCGUAAUGACCCUGACCCUGCCAAAGGUGUAGCAUGUAAGGGACCAUAUGGAAUGAUGUUCAGGAACUGUGACGGGUUGCGGCUGAAAGGAUUUUCGAAGAUAAAUGGCCCCGGAAGCCAUAUCAAGAUCACUAAGGCUAAUAACACUGUUAUAUCUAACCUUUGGAUAAUUGCCCCAGGCGACAGCCCUAACACCGAUGGAAUUGACAUCACCAGCUCCACCGAUGUACAAAUACGAAACUCUUUUAUUGCUACUGGUGAUGACUGCGUUGCUAUUAACGCCGGAACAUCGAACGUUUAUGUCACCGGGAUUACAUGCGGACCAGGCCAUGGCAUCAGCAUUGGGUCCCUAGGACAUGGUGGAGGGAAUGAUACAGUCGAAAAUGUGCAUGUUCGAAACUGCACAUUGAAAGGAACCCUAACAGGAGUGAGGAUCAAGACAGUGCAGGGUGGGAAAGGCUAUGCAAGAAACAUAUCAUUCAAAGGAAUCAAAUUUGAGGCAGUGGACAACCCCAUUCAGAUCGAGCAAUUCUACUGCCCACUCAAAGUCAAUUGUCGAAACUACACAUCAGCAAUCGCAGUAAGCGACGUAUCGUUUGUUGGAAUAAGUGGGACAUCAGUGGCGCAGAACGUGAUUAAUUUGAACUGCAACCAGUUGUUUGGGUGCAAAAACAUCAGGCUAGAUAGGGUUUACAUACAGCCCUCGAUUGCGGGGAACAAGGUUUCGGCAACUUGUAAUAAUGCUCAUGGAAAAGCUACUCACACUAGGCCUAUGGUCAAUUGCUUUCUGCCUUAGAUCAAUCGAUUCAUGUAUUGUUAUUUAUCUACACAUGCUGUCUAAUUAUUUCUUUUAACAUGUAAUUGGUUGAUGGUUAUUGAACAUUUCUGUAAUGAUAAUAUGUGGAUUCAUGAGUAAAGUAUAUAUACU